GCCAUCGGGGGGCUCGGAGGCUAGCGCCUGACCUCUUUUUGUUUUUUUCUCCCCUCGCCUCCCUACCCCUCCACGCACCCUUUUCCCCCGCGCUCCGUCUCGCCUCCUAUGGCCUGCGCGUCCCCACGAGGGUCGCCGCCGCCGCCAUGCCUCCCCCACACGAGCUCGCGGCCGGCGCCGCCGCCAUGCCUCCUGCGCACGAGGUCACGGCCGCCGCCAUGCCUCCCGCACGCGAGCUCGCGGUCGCCGCCGUCGCCGCGACCUCCGCGGUCGGCGUAGCGCUGGGGGUGCGCGUGGUCGUCGCCCUCUCCCGCUCCCGCGCGCUCAAGCCGCUGGCCGACGCCACCUCCGCCGCCGUCGCCGCGCUCAGGGCGCCGCGGGCCCUCGCCGCCGCCUCCUCCCCGGUCGCCGCCAUCCUCGCCGCCUCCAAGGCCGCAUCCAAGUCCUACAAGGCCGCACGCACGCUCGGCCCCGCCGCGCGCCUCCCCAAGCUCCCCUCCGACAAGCGCCUCAAGGCCGCCUUCGCCGCCGCGUCGCUCCUCCGCCUCGCCACCGCCGCGCCGGCCAUCCCCGCGGCGUCGGCGUUGCCUGCCGCCGCCGUAGUGCUUGCAGUGCUCAAGUCGAGCUACAAGCUGUCCAAGCACACGUCCAAGAUCGUUGAGGGCUUCCUCGGCCUCCAGCUGCACAAGGGAUUCAGGAACGGGAUCGACGCGCUCGGGGUGGUCGUCAAGGUCGCUGUCAUCGCCUCCGAGGUCGCCGUCUGGGUCGGAGCGCACUUCUGGGGUUAUGGACGCGGUCGCUGCGUCAGGUUCCUCGGCUUCACCAGGCCGGGUAGCUUACCCCUGCUUGCCUGUAGCAAAUCUGAGCCCCAAGUUGUACUAUUCGAUCCCGUGAUAGUUGAAAUGGAUGCCGAGGGGUGCCAAUUGGAGGAGCGAUGGGCCUCAGAAUUGCUCUCCCUUGCUGUGCCUGUGCCCCAGGUGACAAAAUUAGUGAGUUAGCACUUAGCACACAACUGCUGUACAUUUGCUUAUAUCAGGUUAAUUAUGUUAUGUAGAGAUGAUUUUUGAUCGAGUGCUUGCAUCUUAGUCCUUGUAUGUCCGACAAGUUUUGGAUGAAGAACUGUACAGUUGUGUAUUAUGUUCCGUUUGCAAAUUUUUUUCUGGUACCUUGUCAGUUUCAGUGUCAAUUGUUUGGGAAUUGAUUAUAGCUUAGCUGAAAUUUAAUUUUCUAGAGCUUGACAUAGCCGACUUGCAUUGUUCUAUGUCUCUUUAACUUUGUACACCUAAAUGAGAAGGGAUAAUGCUUAAACUUCAGGGGCUGAUUAAGAUGUUAAUUUUUUGUCCUGUACCUGAUGCAGGUGCACUAUUCUGUAAAUCUGUAGUUUACUAUUGGAUAACUCAAAAGAAAACAGAAAACCAAGGAAAUGGAAUGGCUACUACUGUUGCACGGACACUAUGUAUAACUUAUCAGCAAGAUCUUGAGCCUUACUAAACUCAUGCCAUAUAAUGUUACAAAUAUUUUUAUAACUCUAUUGCCAUGCUAUAUGUGCGGAUCUUCUUUUUCUUAUUUUUGGUGCGGUGAUGGGCGGCAAAGGGGUGGGUGUGCUGAUUGGGAGCCUUCAGCUUCUGUGAUGAUUGACAAGCAGUAUGAUCUAGAUAUCAGGUAUGGCUGAAUGUAAUCAACCUAAUGCACAACUCUAAAAUAUCUCUUUCAUCUUCAGCUACAUAUUUCCAUAUAUUUUACUGCAUUUUCGAUCAAGCAACAUAGUGCCAUGGAUGGAAAUAAAAGAAGUGGGAGCUUGCUUGCUUGAAUCCUAUUCAUAUUGUCCAUCACAGCUCCAACACUUGAUCCUUCUGCACAUAGGGGGCACAGGCUAGAAGCCUAGAAGGAAGCUAGGUGGCACACUUCGCUAUAUUCAGGUUUACUAUGUUGUGUCACCAUGCUAUUUUGAUUACUCUCAUGUAUCGUUGGUACUUACUGUCUUGUGAUUUGUGAAUUCUUUGAGCAGAUCAAAUCUAGACUCUGCAACAAAGAAAUGUCCAAGAGAGCCAUUGAACUCUUUAUUUCUAUAAGGGGCAUAGUUAUAUACACAAAUCACUGUUCUGGAGACUAACUACCACAUUCACUUAUGAGAAUGGCAAUCAAGUGACAGCAGAUUGACACAUACAUCAAUUCUACAUUAAUUGACUUGAACUAAGUACUUGUCCUGCAAGUGAUCUUCUAGUGCUGUAAGCUUAUUUUAAUCGAGAAGGAAAAACUGUGCUCAGUGAUUGAACAACUUGAAACAAAACACUGGGUUCUUAGUUUGCAUGGUUGAAACUUGAGAAUUAUAUCCAGGACUCGAUGGUGCAUUUGUACUUGUAAUUGUAGGGAUUUAACCCACUUAGAUGUGCAAGAAUAUCAGAUGUGUCCAUCAUGUCUUCUUCUUUCAUACGGUCCUGAAAAAGAUAAGAAUUCUUGUUAACUACUUGUAGAAUUAUACCAGGUUUUCAUUUGAAAACAAUGAAAAUGCACAGGAGGAAUCAUGUAUCUUCAAUUUUAAUUAGACCAGGGAUUAACUCAUGAACUCGUGUCGACAUCCACUAUGAUCUUCUUCACUUAUCACUAGUCCACGUGGAUGUCCCCAAUACGUAUCCUAACCGGUGAAUAUAUGACAUAAUGGAUAAAUGGAAAGUUGAAACAAAUGAGUAAUGUAUUUCAUUGAAAUGUGCAAAAGUUACCAUUCCUAAAAUAUAUGGAUAAAUGGAAUGUUGAAAUUGAAACAAAUGAGUUAUCUGGACAGUAAUUUCUAAUAAGACACUAUAGCAUGCUUGAAAACUUACAGUUUGUUCAUAAUAUUCAUGAAUCUGGGAGCUUGAUUGUGCUGCUUCACAGAGUUCGUCAUUCUUUGCAAACCUUCCUCGGACACGGGGCCUGCUAUCUGCCAAGGUUUUUCUACAUGCAUACUGCAUUUUAUUGUGUGUUAGCAUAAUUCCAUUGGUAAGAUGUCCACACGCAAGUGUUACUGUAUUGAAAUGCUCGAUAGUACCUUUAUUUUUUUGCUGAAAUUUCUCUCGUUCCGUUUCUUUAUGUACCUAUGAAUCUUUUCCUUUCGCUCUUCAGGUGACAAGCGGACAACCUUAAAUGUGGAGUCUUCCAAGCCUGAUAGCUCUGUUGGAGGUAAUGUUGCUGGGUUCCCAUUGCAUCCAUUUGUCAGGUGCUGAUCAUUUCCUCCUACCUGUGUAAGAAGCCGAAGCAAUUUGCAUGGUCAGCUGAUUACUUGGCCCAUCCUUUUAUGUGGCAUCAUUGUGGUACGUAAUAUGAUGCUCAAUGUAUGCCUAGGUUCUGAAUGUUACCUGCAUCUCUGCAUUAUUAAAUGCCCCUUGCAUGGAAUCUGUGUCGUUAUAUGUUCUGGUCAGUCCUUCACCUUCCAUCAUCUUCUGAAAUUCACCAAGCAUCACCAUACUGUUGCUACUAUCACUUGCACUGUUGAAAAAUCCUCUUUGUGGUGCCUCUGCAUUGCAGCUUGGAAGAAUUGCACCUGCUUGCUGAAACAUGGCUCCAUCCAAACCCAUGAACCCUCCAGCUAGUGCGGCUGUGAAGCACUCAUCAUAGUCUGAAGUGAUUGGCAUCAAGGCAGGUGCACUAUUGCUCAUUUGCAUUGGGGGUACUUGUUCUGCAAUGGUCCCUGGAAGUUCCAUUUGAUUGAAUUGCUCUAUGCUGGCCUCAUUGGUGGCAUGUGGAUAGUAUGCUACUUCUGAAAGCCCGUCGAUCGGGGGAAGGAGCUCGGUGUCAAGAUCAUGGUGUUGCUCUUGCUCAAGGAGGGCUGUGAGAGUGGAGUCAAAGGAGGGCAAAGGGGAGUAGGCUGUGGGUACAACAGCCGGAGUUUCAUCACUGUAGCUGCAGACAGGAGGAGUGGUAGUGGUCGACGAUGAAACAUCAUCCGAGGAGGCUGGAAAUGGCUCAGAGGUAGUAGCCACUGCAGCAAAGAGGUCAUCACCAAGGCCGUCAUCACAGAAGUCAAGAAUAUGAGCAGCUAUGGGACUUGAAAUGUCCUCCUGUAAAUUUCAGAGUGGACAAAACAUGAAAGUACCAAUUAUCCUAGGAAGCAACUCAUUGCCAUUUCCAUUACAACCCUAAGAGCGUGCAUUGAUGCAUAGAUAGGAUGCAAGAAAGAUCAAAGAUGGCAACGAAAGAUCUCAGAAGGAAAUGGAAUUGCUUGGUCGGAUUCAGAACAUCAUUGCAAACCUAGGAAGUACAGAGCAAGAUCUGUGGUAGAGAAACAAUUACGGUGAUGCAAUCGUCAGGAAGCAUGGCAGGCACCGUAAAUCUUCACUGAAAAUGGUCAGAUUGGUGCACAACACAGCUUCUCAGACAAGUUUUCUCCAAUGUUAUUGAUCCCCGAGAAGAGAGAUGGUUCUUCGUGUGGGCUGUGGCGGUAAAUGAAGAAUCAGCAUGUGUGAGGAAGAUAUGCUAAUGAAGGAGGGGAACCAAAAAUAAGCCAGCUUGGCCAUGCAGAUGCACACGACUAUUUUCCAAGAUGACCACACCAAGGAAGUCCCCAGAAUUUUCUGCGCGACGAUUGCGGUCGGGAGGGUUACGGGGUAGAAACAAAGACAUGAAGUCAGCCAGCAUAAAAUUGGAUAUCCUAAGUGCAUGUGCAUGUUCUAAUGCAAGGAUGCUAUUUUUGCGCAGGUUGUGCUUAUUUCUGGAAAGAAGUCUCAACGAAUUCGGUCAUUCUUCAAAGCUGAUAGACCGGGACAUGCGACGACCUCAUCUGACGGGUGUUUAGCCGGUGUGAAAUAUAUUUUCCUUCCAGCAUUUAUGACUUUGCAUGGGGGAGGUCUCCUUUUAGUCAUUUGCAAUACAGGAGAUUGUGUUUACAGAAGUCAUGAAUAGAUUAUAUCAUGCCAAGUUAAUAAUAAUACAGAGGGAAUAUUGUGUGUUAA